CAGAGAUGUUGACUGGGAUUGGAGAGAUGGAAAGCUGUGUUAUAGACUCUAAAUAACGAGGAGGAUGGAAUAGCAACAAAAAAAAAUUGUAGCCCAUGGUUAAAAACCUAAAACCUUUUAUCCUCAAUUAUACCUCUGAAUAGGCUUUCCACUCCUUUUUUGUACACAACCAUUAUCAGUGAUGUACAUUUCUGUGAUUCUGUGAAUAUACAGAGGAUGAUGGAGCUAUAAGAAUGCACCAGGUUUCCUAACGGAAAAAAAGCUAUGAAAAAAGCUACCUUGGACAGUGCACUGGCGUCUUUUAUCCUUUUUUGUACUGGUUUGAUUUCUGAUUUAUCUCUUCCUUUCCGUGUGCCCAUGUGACAGUGCGUUUUAAUUUGCUCUGGAGGAAUUUUGAUGGCACAGAAGAGAUAAGGAAACUGCAAUACGAAUGAAUGGGGAAUGGCAAAAUAGUAACUCAAUGCUGGAAUGAAGGUUAAGCUUUUUUCUUGCCUGAGGAUACAGCUUUCUGCGGUUUAGCCAGCUCCGUUCUGAAGAGGUGUCGGUUUUGGAAAGUAAAUACCAGAGGGCGUUAUGAAAGAACACGGAGUAGUAAUACCCUGGCUUUCAGACCGAGUGGAUAUUUAAGGGUCAUUCGGAGACCAGAGAAAGCAGCACUGCUGAUAGCCCUCAGUGUACCUUUCUAACGAAUGCAAGCUCUUCCCAUUCAUUUUAGUAAGAAAGGGAAGGAAAAGGAUACUGUAGGUGGAUUGCAUACGCAUUCGGGAUUUUGUUAAUCAUGUACCUUGUUUCGAAGUAGCUAUAUCGCUAUAUGUUUUUUGGAAUGCAUAAUUCUUAAUGAAACCUGGGAAUGCUAAUUCGUGCAAGAAAAAAAGCAUAGUUACCUUUGACGGAAUGUGUAUUCGUAAACGUGUAUACAUUUCUGUGGAUCUGUUUUGAAAUCAGUCAGCUUUAGACCGACGAUCAUAAAGGACUAUAUUGAAACAGUCAUGUCUUGCUGAAGGAGCUGAAUCUCAACAACCUCACCACACCACCCCCAUCAAAUCUCAUCCACGGCGGCGUUAUAAUAGAAAAUACAGUACUAACCAUAGAGCAGAGGAAUCUUUCAUUUGCACUGACUGGAUCAUUUCAAUCAUCCAAUCAACCAAAAUGGGGGAGCAGCCCAUCUACAGCACCCGAGCUCAUGUCUUCCAAAUUGACCCCAACACCAAAAAGAACUGGGUUCCAACCAGCAAGCAUGCUGUUACCGUCUCCUACUUCUAUGACAGCACAAGGAAUGUCUACAGAAUAAUCAGCCUGGAUGGGUCAAAGGCAAUAAUAAACAGCACCAUCACUCCCAAUAUGACCUUCACAAAGACAUCACAGAAGUUUGGGCAGUGGGCAGACAGCAGAGCUAAUACUGUCUAUGGCCUGGGAUUCUCCUCAGAGCACCAUCUUGUGAAGUUUGCAGAAAAAUUUGCAGAGUUUAAAGAAGCUGCUCGGUUAGCAAAGGAGAAAUCUCAAGAAAAAAUGGAGCUGACCAGCACUCCUUCCCAGGAAUCAGCGGCCGGCGAUAUCCAGUCACCCCUGACUCCAGAAAGCAUAAACGGCACAGACGAUGAGCGGGCCACUCCCGAUGUGACCCAGAACUCAGAACCAAGGGCAGAACCCACACAGAACGCACUGCCAUUCACACACAGGCUUGUCAAAGGAGGCGUACCAACAAUUCUGACCCACAUGCACCUAGCCUCACCAAACCAAGAAGGCUCUACGAUCAGUAAGCACUGGGAGGCAGAGCUGGCAGCACUAAAGGGCAACAACGCCAAACUGACCGCCGCGCUCUUGGAAUCCACAGCCAACGUCAAGCAGUGGAAACAGCAACUGGCCGCCUAUCAGGAGGAGGCAGAGCGGCUGCACAAGAGGGUGACAGAACUGGAGUGUAUGAGCGGUCAAGCCAAUGUUAUAAAAUCUCACAAGACAGAGCUCAACCAAACAAUUGAAGAGCUGGAGUCCACUUUAAAAGCAAAGGAAGAGGAAAUAGAGAGACUGAAAGAAGAAGUGGACAAUGCCCAUCAGCUGCAGGCGCAAAGGGAUUCUCUCACCCAGAAACUCCAGGAAACGGAAACACGGAACAAAGAUCUGGAAGUGCAGCUGAGCGAGCUGGAGCAACGCCUGGAGAGCAGCCAGAUGGAGCAGGAGGCCUUCCGCAAGAACCUCAAAACGCUGCUGGAGAUUUUAGACGGCAAAAUCUUUGAACUGACCGAACUGCGAGAUAACCUGGCCAAGCUGAUAGAGUGCAGCUAAAGCUCUGUGCCACAUGACCUCCUCCGAAAAUGAGAACACACAAAAAAACUAAACUAAAGGUGCCCACGGGAGUCCUGCCUACCUUCCUUUUUUCUCCGUUCACCUGGAAGAUAAAAGCGUAUUAUUUUUAACAUAUGAUAUACUGCUAAUGAUGUUUUGUAGCAUUCCAUCCUAUUGAGAAAUAUACAGUAUGGUCUGCUUUUUCCUUCCAUUUCCAACAGGUGGUAUAUAUUGUGCUUUGUGCUUCACCUUGAGUCAGUGAGCACUUCUGAUUUAUUAUUAAUGCUGUUAUUAACACAUUUUCCUCUUAUUGUUGUUUCUCCAUGACAGUUGGCAUUAUCAGCUAAGGUAAGGCACCUGACAAAGGGAACUGAGACUGUCGAUUAGGUUUUUGCUCAGCAUCCUUGGCUGGAGCUUGCCCUGAUGGUUCAGUGUACCGCAUUGCUGGCUUUCUAAUGACAUGUCAUGAAGGCUUUGCUGGUUUUUGCAGUUUGUUACUUUAUAGCCGCCACCUCUAGGAAUCAAGCCUUUCCUCAGCCAUACCUUACUGCCCCAAUGGCCUUCUCCCCUCUAUGAAACUGCCUCACUAUUUAUCCUGUAGACGUUACAGGAAGUGUAACAAUUACAUUUUGUGACUUCAGUUUAAGGGCGAGGCAUUAACAGAGACCUGUACACAAUGAGCAAUACAAGAGGAAGCCUCUGGACACCACUGCAGUCCCACAAUCAGGUAUUCUAUUAAUUUCCUGACUGACGUGUGAGUGACCCAUGUUGGGCCUGCACUCAGUGGGCUCCUCACCCUGAACUUACACAAAGAGGGUCUUUUAUGCUGAGUGCCGCGUGGGUCAGCAGCGACUACAAAACAGUCUUUUUAUUUCUAUACCUUUUAUUCUUUAUUUUAUUUUUUAAUAAAACAACUUUAUACUCUUCUUGUAAAAAAGUAAUUGUACAAGACUGUUUGGUUAAAUCUACAAAGGGUAUUUUCUUUUCUUGGGGGGUUGUCUUUUUUUUUUCAAAGUGCAAUGGUAGACUUGACUCCCUCGAUUUCUGAUAAUUUUAAUGAUUAUUAUUCGUGAUUCAUGAAAAAAAGGAAAAAUGCUGUUCUUGGACCUCAAAGGCUUUUCUUUUCUUUUCUUCUUUUUUAACGUAUGGUAUUUAUGGGUCUUCUGAUUGUAUUUAUAGGUGUGAAAAACAUUGGCAAUAUUUUUGAAUUAUUUUAAAAAAACUUUAAAAAAGCAGCUUGUGCUGUUCAUGAACGACAUGAUGCAAUUAAGGAUUUAGAAAACAAAUUUGCCAAAUAUGUUUUCCUGUACAGUGUAUUUAUUGAAGAUGUCUUUGGAACAGAGGCAUCAUGGGCAGCUUGCAAAGGUACUGUUUGUGGGGUAUAUUAUUGCCAAAAAAUCUGUGAUAUUAUAAACAUAUAUAUAUUAAUGGAGAACACUAUUUAAGGGCUUGUAGUUGGAUUUGUUCAUUUUAAGGAAAUGUAUUACAGGGUUAAGAUGACACUUUCUACUAUCAGAUAUAACAAGCAUUAUUAUAGAUCUUUGAAAGGGAGUUUUGAGUAAGAACUUUAAAUGUUGAUAUACCUUUUGUUUAAUGACACAAUUGUCAUCUAAAAUUGGUAGUUGAAAUUGGUCUGAGCUGUAGUUUUCAUUCCUCUCCCCUCUUAGCUGUUAGCUCAUAUAAAAGGAAUUUUAUACAGUUUUACCUGAGCCAGAUACAAAAAAAUGUGCCCUGGUUUAUUUACUUUGUCAAGGCUCCAGAGGAAUCGGACUCCUGCGUAGGAAAGAAAUCGUCCCUGGAGCCUGGAGAAACUUUUGUUCUGUCACUAUCAGAAACCUGAAGUCAUAACAUUGUGUUUAAAUAAUUGAAUUACUACAAGGGAGUCCUGUGAGCUGAAGAAUAACAGGUUUUAUUUUGAAAUACAGUGACAAUAUUCUAAACAACAUGUGUUGGGUUGCUUUAUUUGUCUCGGUAAUGUCAUUUUUCUCCUCCGAUAGAAUCAAUUCACAGGCGUCACAAGGGUUCUCACCAGAGGAUAUAAAGACCUUGCUGUUUGUUAUUAAUGAGGUCUUGACCUAGGGGUGGCAUGGUGGCAUAGUGGCUAGCUUUGCUCACUAGUGGGGACCUAGGUUCAAUUCCUGGUGUGCUCUCUGCGUGGGGUCUGUAAGUUAUGCCCAUAUUUGUGUGGGUCUCCUCCAGGUGUUCCAGUUUUCUCCCACGUCAUACAGUAGGUCAAUUGGCUUCUGGGAAAACUGGUCCUUGCG